CCCAUCGCUUGGAGGAGGGGAAGGGAGAGCGCAUGUUAUUCCUACCCAGACCCGGAAAAGACGACAAAAAUCUUUGCCGGCUGCCAACACCGGACACUUCUUACAAUGAACUUCGACUAAGUGACUAAGUGGAACAUCAGACGAUGCAAUUCUGCCGAAAUACUCAGAGUUUGGGCAACUGUGGUCCCCAACUGUCGGGGCCUUCCGGGUCCGUGUGGGCGAGGCAGGCAGAGGACGCUCUGCGACGCGAGUGGAUGCCUAAAUGCUUCCUGGUGGGAAUUGGGGUAGUGGGAAUCUCAUACUGCGUGGUGUAUAUAACUGGAAUAUAUGAGCGGUCCUUGACGCUCACCGUGUUCACAUUGCUCACCUUCUUGUUCAUCUACAUACUGUGGUGCAACCACCAGAAACAGCGUCACUGCAACCAGAAUGUAUCAGCGACAAACAGGACAGGAUCCUCUGUGGCGACGAUUUCCGAAUUAGUGUCUCCAUCAUCACCUCCAUGUCCACCUGCGCCAUUCAACGUACCCGACAAAUGUGACACUUUGCCUUCAUCUAGGGCCUGCACUCCUCCACCAAGCUACCAGGAGGCUAUGCUAGGGACAGCGGCGGUGAAUCCUGUGCUCCCACCACCACAGAUUCUCAACUACCAGGAGGCUAUGCCAGGGACAGCGGCGGUGAAUCCUGUGCUCCCACCACCACAGAUUCUCAACUACCAGGAGGCUAUGCCAGGGACAGCGGCGGUGAAUCCUGUGCUCCCACCACCACAGAUACUCGUACAUUCACAUCUCCCCUAACCUCACUUUGCCAUCGAUAUGGGAACAGUGUGACAUAAGCGUAAUACUUAUCAAACAUUUUCUUUCUGAGAACUUCAAGAUUGUUGAGUUGUCUUCUGUGAUGUGACGCCAUGUAAUGUGGUAGAUAGUAACUAUAGUUUAGGAGAGACCUACUGUGUCUAUCGUCAGGGCAGGCAACAGGUUCCUCCGAGUCGUUGGGCGAAUUUCUACCAGAUUAUAAGGCGUCACAUCUCAGAAGAUCGUAACCGUCACAAGAACCGGAAAACCUCAAGAUUUUUUCUCGAAGAAAGAUGCAAGGAGCAACUCAGUGGAGUAGUUGUCAGAAUGUAUAACUGUGAUGACAGGCUUACAUCAAGGAUUUUAGUUUGUCGCAUGAUAAUAACAGUUGAUUGAGGCACUAUGAUACAAGUCGGAAGGUCGCGGGUUAGAUUUCCGAUAAGAUCGGAUUUUUCAAUUG